AUGUCUACAGAAUACUUGGUUACAAUUUACGAUCUUCCAAAUGCUGAUCGUUCAAAAGUCCGCGCUCAACAUGUAAAAGAUAUUCCUGCCAAUGUCCCCAAUCCAGUUCGUUCAGCAGGCGCAAUUUACACGGAUGAGUCUAAAACCAAAUUCGCAGGAAGUUCUUUCCAUUUAGUUGCUGAUAACAAACAAGAGAUUAUUGAUUUUUUGAAAAAGGACAUCUAUUAUAAAGAGGGAGUAUGGGACAUUAACCAUGUCGAUAUCUUUCCAAUCGGAAUUGCUGUUAGAUUGCCUAAAAAGAUGGAUGGCGUUGACGAGCUGAACUACAAGAUUUAA